CCAGCCACUCUAACUCGGUUCUCUCUCUCUCUCUCUCUCUCUAGAUUUCAAAGAACGGCCAUUUCAAUUGUUGUUAAAAAUAAGGUAGUUUGGUUGGUUAAAAUGGCGACGGGUUUGGAACAUGUACCUGUAACACCACAAAAACAAGACCCAGCAUGGAAGCAUUGUAGAUUGUUUAAGAAUGGUGACAGGUCACAGCUCAAAUGUAUAUAUUGUAACAAGUUGUUCAGGGGUGGUGGGAUUCAUAGGAUUAAAGAACAUCUAGCUGGUCAAAAGGGUAAUGCCUCUGCUUGUCUUAGAGUUCCACCCGAUGUUCGGGUCUCAAUGCAACAAAGUUUAGAUGGGGCUGUAGUGAAGAAGAGGAGGAAGCAGAGAAUUGAGGAUGAGAUUUUGAAUGUUAACCCGGUUAGUCAUGAGUUGGAUGUUAUUGUUAAUCAGAGUGAUGUCAGUACUGGGCUCCAGCUGACUGGAGUUUCAGAUGCAAUUGAGCCCAAUUCAAAUUUGUUAGUGAGUUUGGAAGGGACUGGUGGGGGGGAGAGAAGGAAGAAGGAGAGAGUGAGGAGUUCUUUCACAAAUGCUGCAAAUGUUGAUGCUACUGGAGGUGGUACUAGUAGUGUUGCAUUAGGUUCAAAAAGGGUGAACAAUCAUGUUAAUAUGGCAAUAGGGCGGUUUUUGUAUGAUAUUGGGGCGCCACUGGAUGCUGUGAACUCGGCUUAUUUCAAGCCAAUGAUUGACGCGAUUGCUACAGCAAGGGACGGGGUUGUGCCACCCUCAUAUCAUGAUAUUCGGGGUUGGAUUUUGAAGAAUUCAGUUGAAGAAGUGAAGAAUGACAUUGAUAAGAUCAAGGCAACAUGGGGGACGACUGGUUGUUCUAUUUUGGUAGAACAGUGGUGCACAGAAACAAAUAGGACUUUUUUACGUUUUUUGGCAUAUUGUCCUGAAGGAACAGUGUUUCUGAAAUCCAUGGAUGCAUCUGACAUUAUAAAUUCAUCGGAUGCUUUGUAUGAGUUGUUUAGGCAAGUGGUGGAAGAAGUUGGAGUAGAAAAUGUGCUGCAAGUAAUUUCUAAUGGGGAAGAGAAAUAUAUUGUUGCAGGCAGGCGGUUGACCGAUACUUUCCCUACUCUGUAUUGGAGUCCUUGUGCAGCUCGUUGCAUAGAUUUGAUACUUGAGGAUUUUGUGAAUGUUGAUUGGAUAAAUGCAGUAAUUGAACAGGCUAGAUCUGUUACCAAAUUUGUCUACAAUCAUAGUGUGGUUUUGAAUAUGUUGAGAAGGCAUACUUUUGGCAAUGAUAUUGUAGAACCGGGAGUCACUUGCUCAGCUACAAACUUUACAAUAUUGAAACGAAUGGUCAAUCUCAAACACAAUUUGCAGGCCAUGGUUACUUCACAGGAGUGGAUGGACUGCCCAUAUUCAAAGAAAACUGAGGGGCUGAGAAUGUUAGAUAUUGUAACUAGUCAGUCAUUUUGGUCCUCAUGCAUUCUGAUAAUCCAAUUAACAAAUCCUCUCCUGCAGCUCUUGAGAAUAGCUGGUAGCGAGAAGAGGCCUGCCAUGGGAUAUAUUUAUGCAGGAAUAUAUCGUGCAAAAGAAACAAUCAAGAAAGAACUUCUUAAGAGGGUGGAUUAUGUGGUCUACUGGAAUAUUAUAGAUUACAGGUGGGAACAACAGUGGCAUCUUCCUCUUCAUGCUGCAGGCUUCUUCCUUAACCCAAAGUUCUUUUAUAGUAUUGAAGGGGACAUGCACCAUGAGAUCCUGUCAGGUAUGUUUGAUUGCAUAGAGAGAUUGGUUCCUGAUACGAAAGUUCAAGAUAAAAUCAUCAAAGAGGUAAACUCAUACAAGAAUGCAAUGGGAGAUUUUGGGAGGAAGAUGGCAAUUAGAGCUAGAGACACCUUGCUUCCUGCUGAUUGGUGGUCAACGUAUGGAGGAAGCUGUCCAAAUCUGGCACGUUUGGCCAUCCGUAUUCUCAGUCAAACUUGCAGUUCAAAUGGAAGUAGACGAAAUCAUAUUUCUUAUGAACAGACACAUGAAACAAGGAACUACCUAGAGCGUCAACGCCUUACUGACCUUGUCUUUGUUCAGUACAAUAUGCGACUGGGACAAAUGAUUAAGAGCGAAGAACAGGAUUCUAUUGACCCUAUUUCAUUUGUGGGCACUAAUGUUGUUGAAGACUGGAUCAUGGGGAAGGAUGUCUGUGUGGAUGAUUAUGAGAGUAUAAAUUGGAUGUCAGUUGAUCCACCUUCCACUAACUCAAUGCUGUUAGGAUCUUCAAAUGAUGAAGCUGAAGAAUUGGGUUCAGGGUUUGAUGACUAUGAGAUUCUAAAUAGAGAGAAAGAGGGUGAGGAAAAAUGUUGAAGACAAUGUAGUGUGCCAUUAGAGCAGGAUUCAACUGAUUCUCAUUUAUACCUGGAGAGUCCAGACUUAUUACCUCCUGCAGGAUGAUUAAGCUUAGAAGAUUAUGUAAGUAAAUGUUAUGCCUCCAAUCACAGAUAGCUAAUUAUCAUGUUAGAGAUAGGAAAAUAGCUAAUAAUUAGAAUAAACAGUUGUAUAAUUUAAGCUGCUUUUGUAAAUCUCAUCUCUUCAAUAGUUCAUUCAUUCAAGACAUUCAGAUGAACAGUGCUAAGCUGUAUAUGCACUAUGCACUGAAGAUAUAGAUUCUUUUUGAAGGAACAUAAUUUUCUGUAUCUUUCUUUUGCUUGAAUCAUAUUUUUUGUGACAUCUGAGUAAUUCAUUUUUA